CGGGGGGGGGGGGAGGGUCAGGUGUGCCCCUUGGCUCGGCUCAGAACAGGGGAGAAAAAGGAGGGGACGGGGGAGGGACGAGGAGCCGGAGCCCACCUGAGCCCGGCUCUGGAAGGACCGCGGGGACCCGGCCCCCCGCAGGGCCCUGAAUGCCGAGCGCGGGGGCGCCGGGCCAGGGCGAGGGGCAUCCGCGGAAGCGCGCGGACUUUCCGCGGGCAGCUCGGCCGCCCGCCACCUCCGGGAAGCCCGGGAUCCCUUUCUUGAGGGUCCGGGGGUCGGGGACAGCGCCGCCUGCGGAAGCCCCCAGCCCCGGCUGUGCCCGGGCGCCCGGUUCUCAGCGCAGCCGGCGGCCUCCCCGGGGGCGCGGGCGCCGCGCGCAAAGUUGGGCCGCGGGGACGGCGCCCCCGGCGCGGCGCAUCCUUUGUUGCGCUCCUCUCGGCUCCGGGGGGAGCCCCGGGUCCCGCGGCCCCCGGCCCGGCCGCCCCGAUCCGGUCCCAGCCCCGGGCACAAAGGGAGAUAAAGCUCCUCCAAUCCUCCUUCACGUUUUGGAAAGACUUUACCGCCGCCGCCGGCGCGCGCCCGGGAGGUGGGACUUUGGGGAGGGGGCGCGCGGGCGGACGCCCCAGCCCCCGCCGACCCCCGGCCGCGUCCCGGGCAGCGUCGUCAAGGCUUCCCCGCCCACCCCCACCUCCGCCUCCGCGGCUCCCCCGCCUCCCCUCCCCCUGCGCCCCCCUGGAGGUGACGGAGACCUUCAGCUGUUCUGGGGAGGGGGCGCCGCCGCCCGCGGAGGGAGGGGGGACGCGGGGCGGGAGUGGCGGGGACCGGGGCCGCGGCAGCCGGACGCUGACCCGGAGGACCGAGGCCGGCGGGAGCGAGCGAGGCGCGCGGGAGAGCGUGCCCGGAAUAGCGAUGAGAGGCCCCGAGGCGGAAUCAAACGGCGUUUGACUUCCCUGCGCCUCACGAGCCGAGCCGGCAUCUCCCGGGGCGCCCGCCCCAGCCCAGGAGAGGAUGGGGGCGUUCGGGGAGGAGCGGGAGGCGGCGGCGGCGGAGGAGGAGGAGGAGGAGGGCGGGCUGGUGGUCUGGUGACCUCCAGGAGUGACCUUGAAGACCCACAUCACCUCUAGGGGCUUGCCGCUUCUGAUCGCGAAAGGAGGGAGCAGGGGAGCGAGGCCCAGAGGAGAUACCUCGUGGACAAAGCUGACUCUCCUCUCGUGCUGGCUUUGGGAGACAGUGGCUGGAGGAGCCGUGUGGGCAAGUGACGGAGGGCAGCCUCUGGUCACAAGCCCGAGGAGAACUGAAUUCCGUCCACAAGCACGUGAGCGAGCUUGGGAGCGGAUCCUGCCCCAGCCGGGCCUUCAGAUGAGACCCCAGCCCUGGCCGACAUCUCGAUUGCAGCUGCGAGACCCUGAAGCAGAGGAUCCAGCGAAACUGCAUCCAGAUUCCUGUUGUUUCAAGCUGCGGAUCUGGCGGGUAAUUUGUCACGGGCAUCAGAUGACUAACUCGGGAGCCCCAGACAAUAAAGACACCGCCUCAAGGCACGCUCUCCAGCGAUCCUCCCCAGCUCCAUUUUCAUCACGGCUCCCACCACCUCUAGCAUGUGUUUAUUUUAUUUAUAUUUUAUUAUUACGUUUAGACACAUUUACUCUUUUAUUCCCCAUCCUCCAACAAGAAUGUCACCUUUAUGAGCAGGGACUGUCCGUUUUUCCUCACUGCUGUGGCCUCAACGCCUAAAACAGAGCUGGGCACACAGUAGGUGCUUAAUAAGUAACAGUGAAUGAGCAAACGGACUAAUAAGCUUGCACAAGGAAACGCAGAUGAGCGAGUUUGUGUGAAGAGCUCAGCACGAGAGGUGGGCAAGGGUAAACGCCAGCUGUUGUCAUUUCUCACUGUCACUUCAUCCACCAUGUCACACUGAGAAGAGGGGAGCUGGCGCCUGUCCUCGGGUGACCUCAGCCAGGACAGUUGCAUGGACAGUGUGAGCCUAGAAAUUGGGGGGCAAGCAGGUGUCCUGACCCCCUGCCCCUGGAGUCUGUGGGGAGCAGAGCUGCUGUUCUGGACGGGACGGC